UGAUUUGACGGGUCGCUCAAGUUGGCACGUACGAAAAGCGACGUUGUGCUUCCCUGCGAAGGAGAAAAGGGGGCGAAAAUCAUAAGACAGAAACAAAGGAAACUCUGCAUCUCUGUCUCUCCAAGACUAGAGGCGAGAGAGCUUUCUUCAGAGACCCGAGGUUUCCAGGACUCGCCAACUGAUAUUCUAAACUUGUGAUAAUGGAGGAUUGUGUGGAGCAGGGCAUUUGAAGAAAUGGCAGAAACAGCAGCAAAGGCGGCUUUCCUCGGUGAUCUUGUUGUGGCAUUCAAAGAACAUAUCCACACCGAUGUUCUCGUCAAGCCUGGUGAUGACGGCCCUGCCUUACCCGCCCACAAAGCCGUUCUGGCGGCGAGAUCAACGGUGUUGAGGAACAUGUUGGACUCUGAUGAAUGCAAGGUUUCAGAAGGGGACUCGAUCAUUCUCCCCGACUUGAAAUAUGAAGAACUCAAACCACUUGUCGAGUUCCUCUACAGCGGGGAAUUGAACACCGCUUACAAACACAUCCGGGCCCUCUAUCUAGCGGCAGAUAAAUACGACAUCCCGUAUCUGCAAGAACGUUGCAGGCACCACCUUAUCUCGGAGCUGAGCUCGAGGAACGUUCUAGACGUUCUCGAGCUCGCAAGUAUCCCUUCGGACACGGUCCUGAAGGACGCAGCCCUCGACUUGAUCGUGAAACGAAUGGAAGAAGUGGUUGUACCGAUGAAAUACGAGACUUUUGCCAGGAGGAACCCUGAUUUAAGCGUGGAGAUCACUAGGGCUUAUCUCAGGGAGACUAAUGCUACUAACAAAUUAUACCACGGAGCUUCUUCCCCCUUCCCCCACGACGGCUACAUGUUCUGAGGAUGAUAUUAGCUUAUUUGCCUAUCACCUGUGUUUCAUGGUGAGUCACUUGUAUUUGUCGUUAUUUUCAUUCCAAGGUUAAAAAAAAAACACAGUAAGACACGCUUUUAUGAAAUGUGAAACGACACCGUAUAAUGUACGAAUGAAAUGAAGUGUGUGUUUUGAAUUUAA